UAUAUCCACCACAACUACUGUUUAAAUAUUUGGGUUCGUUGAUAACAUUAUAGACGACAUUUUGUACAACUACCCUUGGUUUUUCUGUAGUUACAGUGUCUGGAAGAUUUCUUGGGUUUCAGUGGGCUUGAAGUAAUUGUUGACUUUGUAAUUACAUUGACAGGCAGUAAGCACCACAUUCUGGUUUUGUUCUUCUUUACUAUUUGUUUUUUGUGCCUACAAGUCACGCUUUCACUCUACUGUCAAAACUUUUUCAUGCAUUUAAAAAAGUUCAGUCAACGUUAACUCUAUUAGAGGUGAAUCAUAGGUAACGUAGCCCAAGUCAUGGAUUAGGAUCCAUUAUUAUAAUAGCCAGAAUCCUCUAUAUAAUCACUUUCAAAGGCCCAAAAGAUUCAUGGAUCAUCAUUCCAGUUUCUUGAACUCGUUUCAUGGAUUGUUUGCUUCUUCUCUAGCUCUCUCUUUGUUGAGAAACAGAGAAGAAAACAAGUGUGAAUCCAUGUAAUUUGGAUUCAACGUGAAAUUAGUGAUACAACUGAUGUGAAGUGUGAACUAAAGAAUAAAUUUCUUGGGCUUUUUGAGGAUUUGCUAGUAAAAUAGAUUCAAUAUGACAUGUUGGUCUAAAUGAUGUGGAUUAGUCAAUGAGAUUUUUCUUGGGUGAUUGAGGAUCUCUGCGUAAUCAUUCUGCAGUAUACCAGUUGAAGUGGAUUUAAAAUGUCAUGUUGAUCUAAACAGUGUGGUCUUGAUAAAAAAUUUCUUGGGUAUUUGAGGAUCUCUUCAUAAUCCAUUUUUCACAAGAAGUUUGGACAAGAUGGCGUCAGUCUCAGUGUCGGAAGUAAAGAGAAGGGGAUCCGGGAAUGGGCAAUUCCUGCCAGAGGAGUCCUUCCAAAGUUGGAGCAGUUAUGCAAAUGCCUUGAAGCAGACACCUUAUAGGCUUUAUGAAAGGGCGUUUACAAGGUCUAUGGAUGCGGAGGAGAUAUUUGAGAUCAAAGCAAGAAGUGGUCAUGAGAUGAAGAGGACCCUCAAUUGGUGGGAUUUGAUUUGGUUUGGGGUGGGUGUUGUUAUUGGUGCAGGAGUUUUCGUUCUCACUGGUUUGGAAGCCAACGUGGAUGCCGGCCCUGCAAUCAUAUUGUCAUAUGUUAUCUCUGGACUCUCUGCUCUCCUCUCUGUUUUUUGUUACACUGAAUUUGCUGUCGAAAUACCGGUUGCAGGUAGUUCCUUUGCCUAUCUAAGAGUGGAGCUGGGAGAUUUUGUGGCUUAUAUUGCUGCAGGCAAUAUCCUAUUUGAAUAUGUCAUUAGUGGAGCAGCUGUUGCCAGAUCAUGGACGUCCUACUUUACCUCACUUCUGAAUCAUGACUCUAAUGAUUUUCGCAUCCACACAGAUCUAGCUCAAAAUUACAAUCUACUGGAUCCAAUUGCAAUUGCAGUCCUUCUGAUAGUGGGGCUUAUAGCAAUAAUGAGUACUAAAGCCACUUCUAGAUUGAAUUCUGUCUCAACAAUUAUACACAUAGUCCUCAUCAUAUUUGUUAUAGUAGCAGGCCUAACAAAAGCUAAUACCUCAAAUUACACACCAUUUGCCCCCUUUGGAGCUAAGGGCAUUUUCAGGGCCUCUUCAGUUGUCUUCUUUGCAUAUGUAGGGUUCGAUGCAGUGGCUACGAUGGCUGAAGAAACCAAGAAUCCUGCAAAAGACAUUCCUCUGGGACUGGUAGGAUCUAUGGUAAUUAUCCUAGUGGCCUACUGUCUCAUGGCUGUCACUCUGUGCCUGAUGCAGAGUUAUGUUGACAUUGAUCAAAAUGCUGGAUAUAGUGUUGCUUUUGAAAAGGUUGGAAUGAAAUGGGCCAAGUAUAUAGUGGACCUAGGAGCCUUGAUAGGAAUGACUACUGCAUUACUAGGAGGAGUUGUAGGUCAAGCCAGGUAUUUAACCCACAUAGCUAGAACACACAUGUUGCCUCCCUGGUUUUCAUUGGUCCAUGAAAAAACAGGAACCCCAAUCAAUGCAACACUGACCUUGGUUUUAGCAACAGCAGUAAUAGCAUUUUUUACAGAAUUGGAUGUUCUUGCAAAAUUGGUUUCCAUCAGCACAUUGAUCAUAUUCACACUAGUAGCCAUAGCUUUGUUGGUUAGAAGAUACUAUGUAACUGGUGAAACCAACAAGCAUAAUCAGAAUCUGUUAAUCCUGUUCAUGUUGCUAAUUCUAGCAUCCUCUUCAGCUACAGCUAUAUAUUGGGCUAGAAGCAAUAACUGGACUUGUUAUGUAAUAACAGUCCCCAUAUGGAUGCUAUCAACAUGUGGAUUAUGGAUGUUUGUUCCACAAGCAAGGAAACCAAAGCUUUGGGGUGUGCCACUGGUGCCAUGGCUACCAUCUCUAUCUAUUGCCAUAAAUAUUUUUCUUCUGGGUUCUCUAGAUUCCAAGUCCUUCAUUCGUUUCGCAGUUUGGACUGGUAUAUUGUUGGUGUAUUACCUACUUUUCGGACUCCAUGCAUCCUAUGAUACUGCAAAAGCCCAGAAAGGUGCCAAGAUUGGGGUCACAGAGGGUGAAGAAGAUGGAAAAGAUAGCUUUAAUUACCAAUCUGAAACCAAUAUAUAGCAGACCAUCUUAGCUUUAUGGACUCAUUAGGCUCUUACAGGGAUAGUUUCAAGUUUCAACUGGUCAUCAACCAGGGGGUUCAAGUGGAUUGAACCACUCUUUGAAUAAAUUCAGAUUUGUGAAUGUUUCCUUUGUGAUUUGUUUACAUAAUGAUUUGAACAAUCAGUAUAUUUGCUCAAUGCUUAUAUAGAGUAUGUAUGCAUAAGACUUGAUUCCAGAAGAAUUCAAUGUGUAUAUAUAUAUUUCCUUGGUGUCC